GGGGCUGGGCUCAUGUCCCGGAGCUCGGCUCCAGUUUAACGAGGAAAAGCGGCGGAGAAAUGGACGAAAAAGACGAAGAUCUCGGUGCGUUCGAUCCGAACAUCCCAGAGGAGGGCCCCUCGGCGCCCCCUCCUGGCUGGCUGGAUGUCAUCCACGGAUACCAGGACCAUAAGGGAGGAGAGGACAAUAACCCGCUGUACCCGCCUCCGCCGGCGUACAACCCCCAACCGGAGCUGAACAGGAACACCUCCGUGCCCGAGGUCAGGGUCCCAUCGGUGUCCGAGGACGUGGCCAGAGACGCUCUGCUCAAGUUUGUGGAAUCGAAGUGGACGUACAGCUCCAAGCCAGCGAGGAACCUGACCUUCAAAGAGCUGCGAGCCCUGACGGUCUACAGGUAUCGAUUAGAGACCUACACCGAGACCAGAACCAGCGCCUGGCAGUUUGAACCCUACAACGGUCAGAUGGUGGACGGGCCUCAGUUCGGGGUCAGUCCUCCUCCGUGGGACGUCCCCGUGUCUCAGCCUCCUAAGUACACGGACCGCGAGGACAAGAUCCGCGUCCCUCACUCCUCCCUCGUUAAGCGUUGUCAUAAAUGCAACGGUUGUGGGAAAAUUCGCUGUAAAGCCUGUUUAGGUCGAGGACAGAAGCGUUGCACCUUCUGUCACGGUCGCGGACGCUCCAGGAAAAAACGAUGCACUUCCUGUCACGGCCGAGGACGAAGGAGGUGUAUCACUUGUCACGGUCACGGCUGCCAAACCUGCACAGUUUGUCACGGCAGCCAGAACCUGCUGCACUUCAUCCAGCUCACGGUCACAUGGAAGAACAACGUAGAUAAUUUCAUCCCCGACCGUCAGCCUGACUUCCCCGAUAAGAAGUUUGAGAAGGUUUCAGGAGAUCCCUUCUUCAUCGACGAGAACCUGCUGGUUUAUCCGAUCCACGGUUUCCCCGACCAGGAAAUCUGUGACGUCUCCACGAAACUGAUCAACGAACAUCUGCAGAGAUUUACAACCACCAGCAGAGUCCUGCAGCAGCGUCAGACGAUCGAAAUGGUUCCUCUGACUCACGCUUUCUACACCUACAACGGAAAAGACUUCAGCUUCUACGUCUACGGCGUCGAGAACAAAGUGUUUACGGCCAAAUAUCCGUCGGCCUGCUCGAUUCUGUGAGGCCUCGUCAUUUACACGUCCGGCCACUAGAUGGAGACGUUUAUCAGGAGGAAGAUGCUCUGAGUUCAGACUCGUGUUUAAAGUCUCGUCUCUUCAUGAUUAAUCUCAUCAAUUAUAAUCCUACGAAUCCUUUAACGCGUAAAGUUUGUGAUCGUCACAUUAAUAUUUACUCUUGAUUUACCCAGCGACACUAGCGUUAGCUAGCGUUAGCUAGCGUUAGCCUAGGAGGGCUAAUAUGUUUACCAUUGUUUGACAACAUGUCACCAAAUACCAGGAUGUUAUCUUGCCCCGCCCAUUUUCCUUCCUACUUCCUUCCUUCCUACUUCCUUCCUUCCUUCCUUCCUUUCCUCCUUCCUUCCUUCCUUCUUCUAGUUGUAUUCAACGUUUCUGUGUUUUUAUCAGAAUUGUUUCCAAACAAAACAUAACAGACACUCAGGGUUCAAAGCUUCAUCCUGCCUUUAAUGAUGAUGAUGAUUAUUAUUAUUAUUAUUAUUAUUAUUAUUAUUAUUAUUAUUAUUAUUAUUAUUUUAAUUAUCAUUAUUGUUGUUAUUAUUAUUAUUAUUAUUAUUAUACGUCGCUGGUUGUUUGUUGGUGUCACUCCUCAUUUUUACCAAGUGCUGCCUUCAGGGUCCAUGAAAGUUCAUUUGCAUAUGUCUCAGAUAUAUAUUUUUUUACUUGUUAAAGACUGUAACACCAAUCUGCCAUAACAUUAUGACCACUUUAUCCUUUAAGUUGAUGUUAAAAGAUACAAACAGGACGUCUUUUCAUUAAAACUCUUUACGGACGGGUUUUUGGGAGUUCCUCAUAUUAUACUGUGGAUUUUGUGUUAUAAUACAUGAAUCUGUCUGUUUUUAAUGUUUCUUUUAUGUAUUAUUAAUAAAUGAGUAAAUCAGUGACAUAAAGUUGA